GUGAGCGUCAGCCAGAGAACUAAUGAGUGAGUCACAGCAGCAACAGGGAAGUGUCAGCCGUGUUUAUCUAGUGAAGUGUGGCAAGUGUCCUCACCGAGGCUAUAUCACACCCCAGCCAUCCUCCUCCUACAACAGUGUCUCACAGUCAACCAGCCAUGACCAGUCUGUGUACAGGAGUGAGGGCGGGUGUGUUGUGUGUGGUGAUGAUGGUGACCACCGCUGCAGCUUUCCACCCACCUGCUAGACUCCCACACGACCUUCAUCAUGGGAACACCAGAAGUGAAUUUCCAUGCCCAGAAAUUGAAGACAUAAAGCCGUGUAAAUGUAACUACACUGGACAAAAUAUGACACUCUCUUGUAUUGCCCUGAGUGAUGCUGCCCAGCUGGACCAGGUGUUCUCUGCCACCUUCCCCAUACCCUUAUUCAGCAAAUUUACUCUUAUGGCUUCCAACAUACCUAUUCUCAAGAAGGACACAUUUAAGAAAGUAUCUUUCAGGGAGGUACAAAUGUUCUCUAACAAGAUGAAGACGGUAGAGGCCGAGGCAUUUGCUGCCUCCUACAGCACCUUAAAGAAGUUUAUGUUCAAUGAGGAUGGCUUAGUCAACCAGUCAUGGCCGCUACCUGACCUCAAAAAUUUCAGUGAAAUAACUGAUAUUUAUGUUGGGGGCCUGUGUAAGGAGAUACCACCCUUGGAGUCUUCCAGCCUCACUUCUGCUGCUUUUUAUAUGGACAACUUGACUAAGCUGGCCAGCAACACCUUCGCCAAAACCCCUAAUCUUGAAAAUAUAAUCCUUCACGGGAAGGAAUUAACCGACAUCGAGCCAAAUGCCUUCCAGCAACUUUCGUCACUGAAAACGUUAACGAUAUACGAGACAGGUGUUGAUACCCUAAAUAAAUCUUCUAUGGCCUUUAGUUCUACUGUGCUGACACUUAUAGAUCUUCACCACAACAAGAUACAAACUAUUGAGGAAGGAGCAUUCCAAGAUGUAUCUGGAGAAGUUAAUAUUACUCUCAACAACAACCAACUCCAACUGUUGAACGAAGAUCCUUUCUCUGAACUAUUAACCAACACAACGGGAAUCAUCGACGUGUCAGACAACCCUCUGGAAUGUGGCUGUGACUUAUACUGGACUGUCACUAUUACAGAGGAGAUGUUUGAUCAUCUACAUGGACUUUUGUCAUCCUGCAAUUUUGAGGAAGUGAGAGCUCUUGCCUUCCCUUGUCCAGACGAAAAUGAAAUCGAUCCAUGCAGGUGUGAUUAUGAUCCAGUCUCUGGCACCCUUAACCUCACCUGCAGUCAGCUGGACAGCAUAGAUCAGCUGGACAAGGUGUUCUCCGCAAAUUUCCCAUUUAACAAAUUUAACCUGUUUCAACUGGAAGACUCUAAAAUACCUGUUCUUAAGAAGGGUAUAUUCCGGAGUGUGUAUUUCAAGUGGGUCAUCUUGAUCUUCAACAACAUGACAGACGUGGAGAGUGGCGCACUGGAGAGCCUCUAUGACAGCCUCGAGGAGUUCCAUAUCACCGAGAAAUAUGUCGACGAGGACUACAACUGGCCCAUCCAAGACCUGUCCAAAUUCAAAGUCCUUAGUGAAAUUGGCAUAAGUGGUCCGUACAGCAGCCUGCCCGUCCUCGAGUCCAAAUCCCUGAAUUCUGUGCUCCUGGACAUGUAUCACCUCACCUCCCUGCCUGACAACAUUUUCACUGCUGCCCCUAACCUACAGUCCAUAACCUUUCAAGGAACCAGACUAGAAGACAUUAAAGCAGAUACUUUCAAGUUCCUUCCAUCGUUGAGGACCUUAGAGAUACGAAAUGCCAAUUUAUCUUCCUUGGCUAAAUCUUCCUUGGCCUUCAGUACUAAUAACCUGACCUAUAUUGGCCUUCAAUUCAAUAAUAUACACACAGUUGAAGAUGGAGCAUUCCAAGGAAUUAAUGGGCCUGUGGUGACUGACCUUUCCAAUAAUGAAAUCGAGGAACUCCCAGGAGAUGCCUUUGCUGACCUGCUGAAGAAUACAACAGGAUCCAUCAGUGUGACAAACAACCCUCUUGUGUGUGGCUGUGACUUGUCCUGGCUCAUCAACGCAACAGAUGCAGAAUUAAAACGUCUAGUUGGACUACAGUCUUCUUGUGGAAUUGAUGAUCCUUAUCAGUGGGAGGUUGUAAAGGAUUUUCUUAUAUAUCAGUGUUCUUAAGGACAAGAGUAACCUAGCCAUUAUUGUCUCUCUGUUGUACUGUAUAUGGUCAAGCAAGUGUGCCUGUCCUGUGUCUUGAGUUCAAUCUCUGGCCCAUGUGAGAAGGGUGUUACCUAGAGUGACCCUAUCAAACAUUGAAGGUUUUCUCCAGUGUCCUGUACUAGCAGUGGACAAUAAAGGUCGUAACAAAGAACAGACCAACCGCUCGAAAGGUUAGUGACCAGACAAGUGGUAGAAAUAAUAAAUUAUGUGGCCGCUCUCAAGACCAUGAAAACAAUACUUCAACGGAUAUUAAUGGGUAUACAGUUUUAUAUAUCACAUUUCCCAGUGUUAUUCUUCAAACUCUUUAGCUAUUUAUCAAGGGUGUUGAUAACGAGUAAAUUUAUGUACAAUAUACAGUAUGUAGAGGAUAAAAGUAAAAAAAAAAAAAAGUAAAAGUAAAAAGGUACCAAAUAUUGUACAGAAAAUGGGAUCUAGGCCGUGUGUAUACAGUACAUAAUAAAAGGAUUCUCUUUAAAAUGGAGAGACAAAAUAAAA